AUGGAGGGAAACAGUGAUGGGACCAACCCUUUGGAUUAUGGUACACCUGGGAAUGAUGAUAACAUACCUCCGAUGCGUGGGAUUGGACUGCGAGUAACAAACAUUGAGGGUAAUCCUAUGAUGCCGAGACGUGGUAUGUUCUCUACUAAUAAUGCAUCGGUGAUAGAUGGUUUAUUUGAGAUUUCAAAACCUGUGGAAUUGGAUGCUACGUGGGGAUAUGGAGGUAACUAUACGGCAGCCAAGAAGGACAAUCAUGCAAACCCUAGUUCGUCUAAUGUGGAGAAUAAGGGUUCUGCGAUUAAUGUUGAGGGUUUUUGUGAUCCUACUAGACAAGAUAGCAAGAGUUCGUAUGCUGACAAACUUCAAUCCAAGAAUCGAAUCAAAAGGGAAGUAAACUUUAGAUUAUUGGAACCGGAGGAAACUAGAGAAGAUGCUGAUGUCGUUAUUCCGAAAGAGGUUGUUCAGCAGGUACAAGAUAAAUUUGAUAAUGUGCUCUAUGGUUAUUUUCUAGGGAAUAGAUUACCUUUUCCUGUGGUUGAGUAUUAUGCGAAUAAUGUAUGGGCAAAGUUUGGUUUUUCAAAGCUUAUGAUGAACACCUCGGGUUUCUUUUUCUUCAAGUUUGAUUCGAAGGAUGGAUUGAUGAAGGUGUUGGAAGGAGGACCAUGGCUAAUACGUAAAAUACCAUUAUUUUUGAACAUUUGGACACCUAAGGUUACCCUUAAGAAAGAUAGUAUUAAAACCGUUCCAAUAUGGGUUAAGUUGCACAAUGUUCCGAUUUCAGUCUACACUGAUGAUGGUUUCAGUUUGCUGGCAUCUAAGCUAGGGGUUCCUAAGAGGUUAGAUUCCUAUACGGCUGAUAUGUGUGUUGAUAAUUGGGGAAGGAGUAGUUAUGCCCGUGCAAUGAUUGAGAUCAAUGCUGAUAAUGAACUUAAGGAUCACAUUACUCUAGCUAUUCCCAAGAUGGAUGAGGAGGGUUUCAUUAUGGAACGGGUUGAUGUUGAGUACGAAUGGAAGCCUUUACGUUGCCCCACAUGUUGUUUGUUUGGUCAUGACCAUGCUACGUGUAGUAAAGUCAUGAAGGAGAAGGCAAAACAGGUUGUUGUUGAUGAGGACGGAUUUAUUACUGACAGGAAGCGGGUGGCUAAACACUCUUUUCCUCAGAAAAAGCAAAAGCCUAAGUUUAUCUAUAAACCAAAAGCAAACAAAUCUGGUGCUAGUACUUCUGGAACGAAAAAGGAUGAGCAAGCGUCUAGUAGUGGGCCAUCAAUCGUGAAAGUGGCUAACUCAUUUCAGGUGUUAGAUACGGUUGGAGAUGGUGAAGGAUCAAAGGAGGAUAAUGUUCCGGUUGAACAGGAAAGAGGUAGUGAGAAGGUCACCAGGUUGAGUGAUGUGGUUCAAGAGUCUAUCCCGACGGAAAUGUCAAAAUUUAUGACUAGCAAUUUAACGAGUUCUCAUGCUGAGGGGGCAAGCACUCCCGGUUAUACAGAGACGCAUGUGAACGUGGGUAACUUAGUUAAAGUGUGUAAGGGAGUCUUUCGUAGUUGGAAUUGGACGUCAAAUGGGGCUUUAUGUCAGCGGGGUACCAGAAUUAUAUUAGGAUGGAACGAGGAUGAUGUGGAUCUCAUGGUGCUAUCGCAAUCUGAUCAGGUUAUUCACACUCAGGUUCGGUUAAAAGCUGAAUCAAAAACCUUUCUUUGCUCCUUUGUCUAUGCGGAGAAUAAAUAUCAAGACCGUAGAAUUCUUUGGGAGGAUUUAUGCAAGCUUAAUAUUUUUGCUCGUGAUCAGCCAUGGGUUAUUUUGGGGGACUUUAAUACAGCUCUAAAUAUGGAAGACUCAUUAUACGGGCCGUCUAAUCACACCAUAGGAAUGAGAGAAUUUUUUGACUGUAUUCAACAUGUUGAGCUUAUGGAUGUUCAAAGUCAUGGUUUACACUUCACCUGGAACCAGAAGCCUAAGGAGGGUAUUGGAGUGCUUAAAAAGAUUGAUCGCAUUAUGAGUAAUGUUAAGUUUAUGGAUCUGUUUCCGGAUACUUAUGCAUUGUUUAAGCCUGCUAGGGUUUCUGAUCACACUCCUUGUGUUCUGAAAUUAGCUUCUAUUGCGCGCAAGAAGCUGAAACCGUUUAAAUUUUCGAAUUUCCUAACCACAAAGGAGGAGUUUAGGAGGUAUGUUACUACUGAAUGGGCGAAAGGAAUUCAGGGCUUUGCUAUGUUCUCUGUUGUUAAGAAGAUGAGAAACCUUAAACCAAGAUUUCGUAAACUCCUUUACCAGCAAGGGAACCUUCACGAGAAGGUUUGUCAGCUGCGUAAGGAGCUUGAUGAUAUUCAGCAGCUUGUUGAUGCUAAUCCGAUGGAUGGGACUAUCCGUGACACUGCUGCAAAAUGUCUUCGUGAUUAUCAGGUGGCAGCGUAUGAUGAAGAGUGUUUCUUAAAACAGAAAUCCAAGGUUGAAUGGCUUUGUGCUGGGGACUCUAAUACUUCCUUUUUUCACAAGUGUGUGAAAAGUAGGAAUGCUAGAAACAAAAUUAGUUGUAUUAAUGAUAUUCAUGGUAAUCGGUUUGAAGGUGACGGAAUUACAGGAGCUCUUGUAGACCAUUACUCGAACUUCUUGGGUACGGCUCAGUUGGUUUCCAGGUUUGAUGAUGAUGACUUGUUUCGUAAUACCCUUAGUCAACAUACGGCUGAUCAGAUGGUUAGGCAAGUGACCCGUGAAGAGGUUAAACAAGCUAUGUUUGGUAUUGGUGAGAAUAAGGCCCCUGGUCCCGAUGGUUUCACAUCGGCGUUCUUUAAACAUGCUUGGGAUAUUGUGGGAGAUGAGGUAACGAAUGCUGUGCUAGAUUUUUUCGAGAAUGGUAAACUUUUAAAGCAAGUCAAUCACACUAUCCUUGCUCUGGUCCCUAAGAUGGAUACUCCUAAUUCAGUUCUUGAUUACCGGCCCAUCUCUUGCUGUAAUGUUCUUUAUAAGUGCACUAGCAAGAUAAUCACGGACCGUAUUAAGGGGAGUUUGGAUAAAUUAGUCAGCAUAAAUCAGUCAGCGUUUGUUCCGGGCAGGAAAAUCUCAGAUAAUAUUCUUCUUACGCAAGAAUUGAUGCAUAACUAUCAUCUUAAUAGAGGGAAGCGUGGGCUUAGACAAGGGGAUCCGAUGUCCCCAUAUCUGUUCACAUUAGUAAUGGAGGUUCUGACCCUUAUCCUUCAACGAACUGCUUCAAACACUUCUUUUAAGUUUCACGGUCAAUACUCUAAGCAGAAGAUAAUAAAUAUCUUGUUUGCGGAUGAUUUGUUCCUAUUCUCUCAUGGUGAUAGUGUCUCCGUGAAGCACUUGCAAGUGGCCCUUGAUAAAUUUACGCAGAUAUCGGGCUUGGUCCCCAGCAUGCCAAAGAGUACUGUCUUCUUCAGUAACGUUACAAGUGCUAUGAAAAAUCAGAUUUUGAAUCUUUUGCCCUUUCAAGAAGGUUCGUUACCUGUGCGUUACCUUGGAGUACCGUUAAUUUCAACGAGAUUAUCUGCUAGAGAUUGUAAAAUUCUGCUGGAACGUAUUCAAAGAAGAAUAGACAACUGGAUCACUAAAUCCCUAUCGUUUGCAGGGAGACUCCAGUUAAUCAAUUUGGUUCUUGCAGCCAUGUACUCUUAUUGGGCUUCGGUUUUUAUGCUUCCUGUUGGUAUUAUAAAGGACCUGGAAAAAAGAGCUGGUUUCUCGCUUAGCUCAACGGUGGCUGAUCUUGUAACUGAAGAUGGCCAAUGGAGAUGGCCUCAGGCAUGGUAUGAUACUUUUCCGGUUCUCAUCAAUAUUGAUACUAUUCAGCUUACUCCUGAUACGGAUGAUCGGUUUCAUUGGAAAGAUUGGGAAGGCAAUUUUCAGUGUUUUCGGUCAUGGGAGGCAUGGAAUAAUUUGCGGUAUAGAGAGACUAAGGUAGUCUGGGUCAACUCGGUUUGGUUCAGUCAGUGCAUUCCUAGGCAUUCUUUUCAUUUGUGGUUGGUGAUUAAGAAUAAGCUAAGGACGCAAGACAGAAUGGCUGAGUGGGAGGCGGGAAGUGCAACUAAUCUCCAUCUGAUGUGUUGCCCCUUGUGUAGGUAUGAUCGUGAUUCUCGGGAUCACUUGUUUUUUCAAUGUCCCUAUGCUUCAGAAGUUUGGAGUUUGGUUAGGAAUAAGGUUGACAUGGGGAGUGUUAAUGAUACAUGGGCCUCGAUCAUGCAGUGGAUGGAAGUCAAUGCUAAUUCUAGAACUCUGGAACACAUUGUUUGUAAUAUUCUAGUGGCUGCUUCUACGUAUUUUAUAUGGCAAGAAAGGAACAAUCGUAUUUUCUCUCAGCUGCAGAGGAAUGCUAGUGUGCUCUCCAAGGUUAUUGUAGAUACAGUUCGGCUCAGAAUCAUGGGAUUCAGAAUCGGUAGAGACCCGAAGCACAGGAAACUAUUGGAUAGAUGGCUGAUCUCGAAGGAGCACAUGGAUAUGGACCCUGACUAG